CAAUCGCGACUCGCUCCGAUUCCACCGAGUCAUCAUCUACCGAUCAUCGAUCAAUUCGAUCAGAGUGAUUUGAUUGCUGCUGCUGCGAGUUCCGACGAUGAACACGAGGCAUCGAACAAGUAUCGACAAGGCUGUCGUCAAUGUUUGGCAGCGGGAGGUCGGCCAGCUCUCCGCCAGAAAUUUCAAGCAGCGCCUCGCCGGCUCUGAGGAUCUCGUGCUCCGAUUGGAAAUCUAUCGGAAGCUAGAGAAGCAUAAAGGAUGUGUGAACACUGUAAGCUUCAAUGCCGAUGGUGAUAUUCUGGUUUCGGGCUCUGAUGACAGGCGGGUUAUCCUAUGGAAUUGGGAAACUGGGAAAGCUCAGCUUUCUUUCCAUUCAGGUCAUAAUAAUAAUAUAUUCCAAGCAAAGAUCAUGCCUUAUACCGAUGAUCGCACAAUUGUUACUUGUGCUGCUGAUGGGCAGGUGAGACGUUCUCAAAUUCUAGAGCGGGGACAAGUGAAUACUUCAUUGUUGGGCAGACAUAUGGGCCGCGCUCAUAAGUUGGCCGUUGAGCCUGGGAGUCCUCAUAUUUUUUACACCUGUGGUGAAGAUGGAUUGGUGCAACAUUUUGAUCUGAGGACUGAUGCUGCCACAGAACUUUUCACGUGCAAACCUCUUGAUAAUAGGAGGAGUUACAUGCCAGCCAUCCAUCUAAAUGCAAUUGCAAUUGACCCAAGAAACCCAAAUUUCUUUGCAGUGGCAGGUGCUGAUGAAUGUGCACGACUUUUUGAUAUCCGUAAGUAUAACUGGGAUGGGUCAUCUGAUGUUGGCCAACCCACAGAUUUCUUUUGCCCACCACACUUGAUUGAUGAUGCACAAGUGGGAAUUACAGGAUUGGCCUUCUCAGAACAGAGCGAACUUCUUGUCUCAUAUAAUGAUGAGUUCAUAUAUCUUUUUACUCGAGAUAUGGGAUUGGGACCUAAUCCAAUUCCAUCCUCUCCAGUUUCUAUGGGAAGUGAUGCAAGUGAAACGAGUGGUGAUCAUCAGUGUGAAAAGUCUCCAUCAACUAUGGAUGUUGAUAAAAGAUUUGGUCCUCAAGAUUACAAGGGUCAUAUGAACCGUGAGACAGUAAAAGGUGUGAACUUCUUUGGGCCUAAUUGUGAGUAUGUUGUGAGCGGGUCUGAUUGUGGGCGGAUAUUCAUAUGGAAGAAAAAGGGUGGGGAGCUGAUUCGUGUUAUGGAAGCAGAUAAGCAUGUGGUAAAUUGCAUCGAGUCUCAUCCUCACACCACAGUUCUUGCAAGUAGUGGAAUUGAAAAUGACAUAAAGAUGUGGACUCCCAAGGCCAAUGAGAGAGCUAUUCUGCCUCAGAAAAUCGAGCAGGUCGUGAUACCUGGCCGAAUAAUGUGGUAUGCUAGUGAGGAGGAGGAGGAGGAGGAUGAGGAUGAUGAUGAAUAUUUUUCAGAAGACAAUAUUUUUGAUGAUGAUGAUUACGACUACGAUGACGAUGAUGAUGAUGGCGACGAAGAUGACGAUGAUGAUUUAGAUGACCAUGCAGAAGAAACCGAAGGCUAGGGGCUGGAUGUACCGCUUAUCAUCCCCCCAGGAUUUGAUGAUGCAACUAUUUUCACUGCAAAGGCAGAGUGAAAGCCCAGAUCGCACGGGGGAGAACUCAUCUUCCGGUCGGGACCUUCUAGAGCUAAUACUUUCAUUUGAGCCAAACAAUGAUGAUUCUUCAGGCGAUGAAGGAGACGCGGCAAGCCUGGAUGAUGUGUUUAGUUGAGUCAUGAGUGGCAAUGAAGCCUAUGAAU